ACACACACACACACACACACACACACACACACACACACACACAGCUUAACUAUAGCCAUGUUUUGUGUUAAGAUGAAAAGUGUUAAUGAUUCUACACACACUGACACUCAAGACAGACAGACAGACACACGCACAGACACAGUACAAGUAAGUUAGUACAGCAUUAACUCCUGCAGUGUUUGUGUUAAUAUAACACAUUUACACUGAACACACACACACACACUCACUAUCAAUAGACUGUACAGGUGUCAAAUUCAAUACUGUUCACUUGUCAAUGUUGUUUGCAUCAAUACUACAGUGUAGGUGUUAAUUACUGCAGAGGUUAGUUCUACACAGUGGGUGUGUAGAGUGUUAAUACUGCAUGCAUUAAUUCCAUACUGUAGUUGUUAAUUAAUUCCAAUGAUGUAGGUGUUAAUUAAAAUGCUGCAAGCAUGAGUUCAGUGUGUGUUGAAUGUUGUUGGUGUUAAUUCAUCAUUACAAAUAUGAAUUAGUGUUUGCAGUAAUUCUACACAAUUAUUUAUUACUUUAGUACUGUACAUGUUAAGUCAGUACUGCAUAUGGUAAUUGUACACCGUAGAUGUCGACCCAGUACUGUGUUAAUUACAGUUACGGUGUGUGCGUGUUAAUUCAUCAGUGCGAAGUGAAUUCAAGUACAGAAUAAUUCUGCACUAUAGGUCUCGUGUACUGUAGGUGUUAAUUCAGUUCUCUUUAUUUUAAUAAUGUACGUGUUCAUUCAGUAUUAGAAGUGUUAACUGGCUAAGUUAAUUCUGCACUGUUGGUGUUAAUCCAACACUGUACAUUAUUCCAAUACUGUAGGUGUUAAUUCCAUGCUGCAAACAUGAAUUAACAUAUGCAUUAAUUCUACGCUACAUGUGUUCAUUCAGCACUGAAUUCUACUUAAUGCUGCACUGGUGCUGCAGUCAUGUAAAGGCGAGCGUAGAGGAUGUCCACUGAAGACCGUCCUGCAUCAAACAGAGAAAAAACAUGGACGAGGAGCGGAAGGAGAGGAAGCGCAGCAGCGUGCUGAACUGGGAGCAGGUGAAGCGUCUUGACACCGUCCUCACUGAGUCCAUCCCCAUCCACGGCCGAUGGAGUUUCCCCACGCUGCAGAUGAAGCCGCGGGACAUCGUUAAAGCCGUGCGAUGCAGAAUGGCCGAGCAGAACAUCUGUGUACGCGAAGUUCGGCUAAACGGUUCGGCCGCUAGUCACGUCCUGCACGAGGACAGCGGCUUAGGAUAUAAAGACCUGGACUUGAUCUUCUGCACCAAGCUCAAGGAUGAGCUGGACUUCCAGACUGUCAAGGACAUAGUGCUGGAUGCUCUCCUGGACUUCCUGCCCGAAAUAGUGAACAAGACCAAAAUAACGCCAUCCACGCUAAAGGAGGCGUAUGUUCAGAAGAUGGUGAAGGUGUGUAAUGACUCGGACCGCUGGAGUCUGAUCUCUCUGUCCAAUAACAGCGGGAAGAAUGUGGAGCUGAAGUUCGUCGACUCUCUGCGCCGUCAGUUUGAGUUCAGCGUCGAUUCCUUCCAGAUCCGCUUGGACUCGCUGCUUCUGUUCUACGAGUGCUCUCUUGAGAACCUCAUGAGCGUCUCAUUCCACCCGUCCAUCCUGGCCGAGAGCGUGUACGGCGAUUUCUCCGAGGCCCUGGAUCACCUCCGGCAGCGUCUCAUCGUCACGCACAACCCUGAAGAGAUCCGUGGUGGAGGCUUGCUCAAAUAUUGCCACCUGCUGCUGCGAGGCUUUCAAGCCCCAAACCGACAGGAAAAAGGCAUCUACCGAGAGCUGCUGCAGCGCUACAUGUGCUCGCGCUUCUUCAUUGACUUCCCACGUGCAUCUGAGCAGCAUCGCAAGCUCGAGUCCUACCUCCAGAGCCAUUUCGUCGGGCAGGAGGAGUGUAAGUUUGCAUACCUAAGCAUGCUGCAUGACGUGGUGCGCGAGAGCAGCAUGUGUCUGAUGAACCGCGAGAGAUGCCGAGUGCUCGAGAUCAUCGCUGCGAUGGCUGUGAGAGCCCUGGCUGAACACAGCGACGUCCCGAAUGUGGAAAAUGUCACGUGCUACUACCAGCCCGCUCCGUACGUCAAAGACGGAAACUUCAGCAACUACAGCGUGGCUCAGGUGCAGAACGUGUACACCUGCGAAACGGACCAAUCGGGACAAGUCUGGCUCUGUUUGUUCAUCUGAGACACGUGCUGAAAAUAUAGUUUCCAUGUCAACCAAUCAAAGUGGAGCUAAUGAUGGACAGCAGCACAGACCAGUCAGAAUGACUUCUCACGUCGGAUGAGAAAGAAAAUCCAACCAAUCAGAGAUCAGCGAUUGUAUAAUGGACCAAUCUGGACAGCUGUGGUUUGGUUUGAUCUGCACAAAUCCUUUUUUCCGAAUUAUUAAAUCCAGUUUAAUUCACCUGAAGCCACCAAUUACAGAGCGGGAGCCAUGUGAUGAAACGCUUGGGUUUUUCUGACCUGAACGUUGAAUUGUUGUACACUGCUUUUCAUGUGCUUUAAAAAUAUGAAUCAGAAUUCAGAACCAGAACUUUAUAUGACAGAUGGAGAAAAUGGACCAAUCGAGAUGGGAUGGUGGUUUGACACAUGGGUGUUCUUUUAUUGUUUUCAGAGAAUUAGCAUUACAUCUAUUUGGGACACCUUUUGGUUUGGUUUCUUCUGAGGCAAACAAUCAUGAAGCAGGGAUCUAAAGUUGACAUCAAAAUCGACCAGUCACCAUGACGUUGGUUUGGUUUGGUUUGGUUUGCUGGCCUGAGGGAUUUUUUUGUUUUUAAUUUCCAAGAGAGAAAACAUGGAGAAGAAUUCGAGUCCACACCUUUCUGGCUGUAUAAGAACGUUCAUAAAUUACUUUUUACACAAGAGAGUAAGAGGGAGAACGCGAUGGUGGGAGACGAGAACGGAGAGAGGAGAGAGAGAAGGUCACUCGGUUCAGUUUCCAGUGGACGCCAAACUCUGAAGAAACAGAUCACACUGGCAACAUGAGCCUGAGAGCUAAAACCGAGCUCUGAUUCUGAUUAGGAAAAUAAAGAGACAGGACAGACAGAGAGAGAGAGAGAGAGAGAGAGAGAGAGAGAGAGAGAGAGAGAGAGAGAGAGAGAGAGGGGAUAUUCCUGCUAGCUUUGCUCUGGAUUUAGUGCAAAUAUAAAAAUGUCAUGUUUCCACAUUGCAGCAGAUGUGUUCUCAUUUUAGCAUUAGCCAAACUCUAAUAUGCACGUAUACUAAAAUUGAGAAUUUUACAGAUCUGUCUGUGAUUUUAAGAUUUUGAGCCAUUAUUUUACACCUCAAAUACAACUUUCCAAUAUACUAUAUAUCUUUGUACAUCUAUAAACAACAUUCUCGGGUAUAAUUAGUCGUAUUCUUGCCAAAAAAAAAACCGUCAGAACUUUAAUUCCAAAGUCUCAGAAUGCUCAUUAUAUUAAUGCGGCUUAUUCACUGACGUGAUGUAUGUAUUGAUUUUUUUCUCUCCUUUAAUUAGCUUAUUGACUGAAAGAUAUGAUAUAAAUCCAGAUGUGUUGCUAUACUCCAGAUGAGUUUUGAUGAUAUUGGAUUAAAAAAAAGAAAACUCAUGAUACUCGGCUCACUGGGAGUCAGGAGGGAGGAAUAAAAUAACCGAAGAGAUUUUUUAAAAACAGAAUUCUAAAACUAUUCAAGUGCCUGUAACGCGAUAUGAAAAGACUCGUUUUAGUGUGUGUUUUUUAGAAAAAUGCAUUUGUUAUGCAUUAUUAUAAUGAUAAAGGAAUAUUAGGGGCGGGGUCUCCUCUGCUGAUCUGCAAGGGCUGUUAAUUGCAUUAACAAAGGUGUGUGUGUAAGCUCUGUGUAUGUGUGUGUGUGUGUGCGUGUGUGUACGAUAUGUGUUACUCCAGGACGCUCACCUCCUUCUGCAUGACCUCAGUGAGCUCCAGCUAAGCUCAGAUUAGUAUGUAGAGCCAAUGCCAUUACAGCGGAAGGAGAAGAUGAAAGUCAUUUCCAUUUGAUUGCAGCACAAAAUGUAAAAUAACGUCACGUUCGUAAACUUUUUUUUAAAGUUUUCACGCCCAGUUUGGCAUGCUACACAUUACAGCAUGUCGCUGUAGAGUUCUGGAUGGUGAUUGGUCAGAAAGUGUUGAUUAGUUUUCUAUAACAGCAGCUCUGACAGUAGUGAAGGUUUAUAUUAAUGCGCUCGUUCUGAUACGUUACCGUUUCUAUGGUAACAGCUCGUUCACAGGGACAUGUACAUCGGACGCUCCACAUAAAUGGAUUUGAAAAAUAGUUAAUACAGUGAAGUUUUCUCCAGAGUAUGGAGAUGUUUAUGUAACAUGUAUGGAAGGAGUCUCCAGUGUCAGCGCUCUGUGACAGUCAGAGGUAAAGCUGUAUAGGUUUUGAGACAUUUUCAGGACAGAGAGAGAAAAAGAGAUGUGUGAUGUGUUUCUACAAUGUGGAUUUUCCCUUAAUCUUUAACCUCUUUAUCAUCCUCGACAUCUAUUUUUGACUCCGCUGUUUUCUGUAAUGUGAUGCUGAACAUUUAAAGAAUAUUUUCAUGGUUUUGAUGCUGUGAAAAGAUAAAAAUGUUACAAGUGAUUUUAAAAAAAUCAUUACUGUGAGUUUUCUGAAAAAUCUAGCUUUAUUAUUUUUUUCCAGCACAUACUGGUGUGUUCAUAUAUACUUACAGACUGUGUAUUUGUGCAGUUGUAUGUGUGUGUGUGUGUGUGUGUGUGUGUGUGUGUGUGUAAUAUGUCUAUAUCACAGGGUUUACCGUUAAAUUGAAAUUAAAGUGCUCUUGAAAUUGA